UGGCUGGGGACCGCGGCGGGCGCCCGGGCGCCGGGACCUGGAGGGGACUCUCGGGCCGGCCCGGGGCAGCAUGUGACUCCGACCAGGAUUCAGCCCUGAUGGAGGCUGACGAGCCUGACCAUGGAGCAUCCGCACCCGUGCCUGCCAUAGAAGAAGUUAAGGCUGUCCCUGAAGCUAUCAUGAGGAGCAGUCAGAUCCCUGCCUUGGAGCCUGAAGCACAAGAAGGCCGAGACCCGUCCUACAAGUGGGCAGAUGGACGCAGACCCUUGGUGAACCACCCAGACGAGUCAAGGGGCAUGAGUGACCACACACCUGACAGUAUGGGAUUUUUCUUAAAGGAAGUUUCUUCAGAUGUGGAGACCAACCAGGAAAUCCUUGCAGCUGAGGCAUGUGACACUCUAGGUCGGCUGGAGCCGGUAUCCCAGAGCCUUAAAGACAGACCGUCAAGCACAAUAGCUGUCCCUGAGCUCUUGACCUGUGCCGUUCAGGAAGAAUGGCUAGACAUGUCCGGCAAAGUAGACAGCAGAGUGGAGAUAGAAUUGCAGCCCGAAUUCAUGUCUUUGGCAUUGGCAGUUAGCAAAGCCAAAGGAGAAGAAAGCUCUCCCGGCACCGCUGACCCUAGAGGGUUGUGGCCUCCCCGCCUACAGCACCCUGGUGAGGCUGAGAAGUCUGAGGGCCCUGGAAGUGGGCUGCUCAAGCAGCUGGAGGACGAGGACGGGCAAGGAAAGCAGAAGCAAGGACUCCUCCAGCCUCAGGAGGCCCAGGGACUGGAGGAGCAGGAAGGACAGGAAGUAGAAACUCAGGAGGGAGGAGCUCCGAGGGAAAACAUUUGUUCUGAUGGGCUUCCAGGGCAGCGGGAAGAGGAGGGAGAGGGGGUUAAUGGCAACGAGGAAGCACAGAGACAGGAACAGGUCCAAAACCAUAUAACGCUUGGAGGGCAAAGGGAAAGUCGGGUGCUCGACGGGGAAUUGGAGGGUCUGGGUUGCAGGGAGCGGGGUCAAGAGGACAGGGAUGGGAGCCUGCAGGGUCAGAGAGAUCCAGAAGAGGAGAGGCGGGGCGGCCGAUUAAGGGAGAUGGGAGAGAGGAGGGUGGGCGCUCAGGAUGCAGAGAAUCACAGGUUAGUGGUGAAAUCGGAGGGCCUAAGUGGAGAGCGGGAAGAUCACGACGAAAGCGGGAAAGCGGUGCCGGUAGAGGACCAGGAGGAGGUUGCAGACUCGGGUGACUUGGGGCAAUGGAGGUGGGGAAGCCGUGGGCAGGCCGCAGCGGAAGGGAGGAGAACAGAAGGGGACAAGCCUUGUCCUCCAACGGCUCCUGAGGUUCUCUUUUCAGGUACAUUGUUUCCGGGCAUCUCUUGCCCCGUGACUGAUAUUCCUGGGGUUCAGGGGGAGCCUGUUCCCAAGGAACUGAUCCCCCAAGUUCUGACUCCCGCACCGGAGCCAACAGGAUGGCCUCUCCAGCCCAUUUCUCCACCUGACUCUCUUGCUACUGAAGAACCCCUGGAUGAUAGGACUCACAACAGCCAGCAAGAAGGAUUCAGGGUGAGGCAAGGGACCGUGUCCAUCCGGGGGACUGAGGUUGUCUCUGCUAAUGUGUCUGUGGCUCCUCCAAGGACACCCAAUUCAGCUCCUUCCAGUCCUGCUGAAGUCUUACCCAUUACUGCUACCUUGUCACCAGCGAGCGCUCCAGUUGUCCUUCCUGGGACGUACGCCCUAGCAUCCUCUCUCUCAACCGACACAUCACCUCACUGUGGGACAUCUGAGGCUCCUCCGGUACCUGCAAAAACUACCAAGGACCCACGUGCCACCUUUGGCAAGGGCAACCCUCACGGCCCUCUCACAAGCUACCCCGGAGCUAUCCAACAUCUAAGAAGUAACUCGUUUCCGGGCUCCCACAGGACAGAGCAGACUCCGGACUCUGCAGGGAUGUCUUUCUCUUUCUCUCAUUUGGAUUUACCGCAGAGGCCGCCCAAACCUGCCACCUACGGCUCUCCGAUCCCAAGGAGAAACAGGAGAAGCCGGGAUGGCAUCCUCUUCUCAGAAUCCUCUGCUGCCGUCCUUGCUGUGAGGCGGGACUAUGAGGAAUUCCCUCCAGAUCCAGACAGGCCGAGCGAUCCUGGCGGUGGUCGGCUGUGGGGCUCCCCACAGCACUCGGCCUUGGAGGGUUCUCGGGUGAAUGUGUCUUCUCCGCCCACCGUCUCCGUGGAUACGAGGACACAUGAAGCUUCCCCCCCUCCUCCCCCAGAAAAGAGACAUAGCUACAGUUCUGUAGUCGAGAGAGAUGGCCAUCCUCAUGCAGGAGCCCCCACACUGAAGCGACACAGUCAUCCUCCUCCAUUGGCCCUAGGUUUGGGGCUACAUGCACCUCCUAAAGGCCCAUCUCCCCUGGUUCCUGAGUCUGUUGUAGCAAGGCAGUACCGCCCUCUGCCAUCCACCCCAGAAAGUCCCCGCCAUACUCAGGCCUCCGUCUCAAGGCUGAGAUACAACAAACCGUUACCCCCAACUCCCGAUGUGCCUGAGCACAAUUCUUCCAUCGCUCCCUCUAGUAUACCAAGGGUAUACAGGCCUCUGCCCCCAGUCCCUCUCUCUGAACCACCCCCGCUGCCCCCAAAAUCCAAGGGGAGAAGCAGGAGUGUCCAGGGGGGAGUUAUACGUUCCGGGGGUCAAGCCAAACCAAGACCCACUGGCCAAGACUGGACAGUCUCCACUCUCUCUGGACGGACGUCCUGGCCCCCGGCCACAGGAAGAGCAGCAGAGUCUUUGGCCGCCACCGGUAGGAGUAAUAGUGAGGUAUCCCCUGGCCUAGCUUUCAGCAACAUGACAAACCUUCUAAGUCCCUCUUCCCCCACCACUCCCUGGAUCCCGGAACUUCAGAGACCUGCCGGUGGUAAGGAUGAGUCAGGGCUCACCGAGGAAUCUGAGCCCUCAGCGAGAGGAUCGCUUAGAAGAUCAGCCCCUCAGGAGGGUUGUAAUGACACACAGAGGUCAGCUUUAGCACCGAGAAAGUCAGAGAAACUCAUGCACCGCCAACUGGAGAAGACAUCCAGCUGGCCCCAUAGGCAGAACCCAGGGAGAUCAGAGCGUGUCGGUGAGCUGGCUGUGGGCCAGGCAUCAAGCAAACACAAGGGCUGGAACCGGCAAGGCCUGAGGAGACCUUCUCUCUUGCCCGAGGGCUCUUCGGACUUAAGAAAUCCAGGCAUGGGAAGACCUCCUAGCUCCUCGGAUUCUGUUGUUUUCCGGGAGAAGAAGCCAAAGGAAGGGAUGGGAGGCUUUUCAAGGCGUUGCUCCAAGCUCAUCAACUCCUCCCAGCUACUUUAUCAGGAGUACAGUGAUGUUGCUCUGAACAAGGAGAUUCAGAGCCAGCAGCGGCUGGACAGCCUGGCCGAGGCACCUGGAUUCUCUUCCCCCCGGCAGCGCCGAAAGGCAGGGGUGCCUUCAGACUCCUACCUCCAGCGCCUCUCCAUAGCCUCCAGUGGCUCUCUCUGGCAGGAAAUCCCCGUGGUUCGCAACAGCGCAGCGCUGCUCUCCAUGACCCAUGAAGAUCAAAAACUGCAAGAGGCCAAAUUUGAGCUGAUUGUGUCAGAGGCGUCUUACCUUCGCAGUCUAAACAUAGCGGUGGAUCACUUCCAGCAUUCAGCCCAACUCCGGGCCGCCCUGUCCACCCAGGAUCACCAGUGGCUCUUCUCCCGUCUCCAGGACGUGCGAGAUGUCAGCUCCAUGUUCCUUUCCGACCUAGAAGAAAACUUCGAGAACAACAUCUUCUCCUUCCAAGUGUGUGAUGUUGUUUUGAAUCAUGCCCCAGACUUCCGCCGAGUCUACCUGCCUUACGUCACCAACCAGACCUACCAGGAACGCACCUUCCAAAGCCUAAUGAGUAGCAACAGCAGCUUCCGAGAGGUCUUGGAGAAGCUAGAGAGCGACCCCAUCUGCCAACGCCUGUCUCUCAAGUCCUUUCUGAUACUGCCCUUCCAGCGUAUCACCCGUCUGAAGUUGCUGCUCCAGAACAUUCUGAAGCGAACCCAGCCUGGCUCCUCGGAAGAGGCAGAGGCCACAAAGGCACACCACGCCCUGGAGAAGCUGAUCCGAGACUGCAACAGCAACGUACAGAGGAUGCGGAGGACGGAGGAGCUCAUCUACCUGAGCCAGAAGAUUGAGUUUGAGUGCAAAAUUUUCCCGCUCAUUUCCCAAUCUCGAUGGCUGGUGAAGAGUGGGGAGCUGAUGGCCCUUGAGUUCAGCGCCUCCCCGGGCCUGAGGAGGAAACUGACCACUCGCCCAGUCCACCUGCAUCUCUUCAAUGACUGUCUGUUGCUGUCCCGACCCCGAGAGGGCAGCCGGUUCCUGGUGUUUGACCAUGCUCCAUUCUCCUCCGUCCGUGGAGAGAAAUGUGAAAUGAAGCUGCAUGGGCCUCACAAGAAUCUCUUCCGUCUGUUCCUGCUGCAGAACACCCAGGGCACACAAGCUGAAUUCCUCUUCCGCACUGACACUCAAAGUGAAAAGCUCCGGUGGAUCUCAGCCUUGGCCAUGCCCAGAGAGGAGCUGGACUUGCUUGAAUGCUAUGAUUCCCCACAGGUUCAGUGCCUCCGAGCCUACAAGCCCCGAGAGAACGAUGAGCUGGCGCUGGAGAAGGCGGAUGUGGUGAUGGUGACUCAGCAGAGCAGCGACGGCUGGCUGGAGGGUGUGAGACUCUCAGAUGGAGAGCAGGGCUGGUUCCCCGUCCAGCAAGUGGAGUUCAUUUCAAACCCAGAGGUCCGCGCGCAGAACCUUAAGGAGGCCCAUCGAGUCAAGACUGCCAAACUGCAGCUGGUAGAACAGCAAGUCUAACUGUUCAUGCUGAAGGAUCUCCUGAGCUCACCAACAGACAUUCCUGGAAACGCCCGGCCCCAGAAACCUGCUGCAGAGGCGGCCUCCUGUGAGCCAAGGAAUGUGGCCUCCUGGAAGCCCACCGGACUAGCUCAGCCCCCCCCCGCUCUAUACUUCACCGCGUUGUGUGCACGGUAGGGGAUAUUAAGUGACUUCACACUGGAUUCCGGGAUCCUUUCUUCGUAGGAAAAGGGACUGCUGUUGGGCCUGCGUCCACGCGCGUGCUACCCGAUGGUGCCUGCACGUCUUCCGCUGCCCCAGUGCAGAGAUUCAGAGCUGGCUGGGUGCAAGGUCCGUGGACGUGAGGUCCCCAGGUGGACGGACCUCGGCCCCACUGGAGAGCGGGCUUCAGUGGGGAUUAGCACGUCAGGCGGCAGGUGAGCCUGCUGACCUCUAGGGUGUCUUCCGAUCUGGAGAUCUCCUCAGUGCCUGCGCCCCUGAGGUCUUUGUUUCCUGGUGGCAAUGUGAGGGUGGCAUUCUCUCACUCUAAUAAACGUGGCACUUCUCUGAGUGUUUUCUUUCCA